AUGCUGUUGAAGCAGAUUAUGGAUACAUUGUCGACAAAUGUCUCUGAUAUUAUCAAAGAGCUAGACACCAAGACGAUGAGUCGCUUCGAUACGCAGGACACAAAUCUCAAAGAUAGUGCGCAGAUGCAGCAUGUCCAAAUGGAACAUAUACGAAAGGCAGAACAGAGUUCUAUGAGAGUGCGACUUCUCGACGCGUUAGGCUACCCUGAAAUCAAUGAGCGACGCAAUAUGAUAGAGGGCCGCAUCGGCAAUUUUGGUCAAACUUACAAGUGGAUAUUCAGCAAGUCGAGCGACAAACGUCACGAAUUUUUACAAUGGCUUCAGAGUGACGAAAAUCUAUUCUGGAUCAAUGGCAAGCCAGGCUCAGGGAAAAGUUCCCUAAUGACUUACAUCUACAAUUGUCUCCGUGCAGGGGGUCCAGAAUUCGCCCUCUUGCAGAAAUGGGCACAUCCCCGGCAAGUCAAAUUGCUUUCCUUCUGGUUCUUUAGACCGGCGUCAAGUCAUUUUUUAAAGUCUCUUGAAGGGUUUUGGAGAUCCCUCUGCUUUCAAAUCCUCGACAUGGACAUUGGACUUGUGGAAAAGAUCCACGAGGAUGAUUCAGCCCCUCCAACGCUGAAGUCUGCUCUUAUUGAGAAGGGGUCGGCUUCUCGGUCGUGGACGAACAAUGAACUAAGAGAAUGGUUCUUCUACGCAAUAUCGAAAUCUGAUUUGGGGUAUUGCAUCCUAGUAGACGGACUUGACGAGAUCGAAAAGAACUCCAUUCGCGAAAUUCUUCUUGACACCAUCCACGAGAUUUCUCGAAGCUCCGAGAGAAUCAAGAUUUGCUGCUCUUGUCGACCAGAAAGUCCUUUUCACCAAACGCUCAAGCAUUAUCCUUCAUUGAAAUUGCAAGACCUCAAUCACGAGGAUAUCCUGGAAGACUGCCAGAGACAGCUCGCUGGCACAUUAGCUGUAGGCUUUGCUCAUGAGAUUGCCAAUCGUGCAGAUGGCGUCUUCCUAUGGGCCCAUCUGGCGGCGAGGGAAUUACGUGCUGCAGCUCGCCAAGGAGAUAAUGAAGACGAUCUUGAACAGAGAUUGAAAGAGACUCCAGAUGAAAUGAAUGAGUUUUUCAGGACUCUUCUUGAACGACAGGAUAAAUUUUAUGCGAAGCAUCCUAAGCCUUACUUGUUCAUCCUUCAAGUUGUUACACAGCAACCAAUGCAUUUGCGCCCGACAGGCUUCACUUUAUUCGACAUGCUGUUAAUAUCUCGCAAACACGAGAUUUUAGCGAGCGAUUUCACAUCAAAUUUAGAGAAUCAAUAUUGGUUGGCGCUUGAAAGAGAGGCAGUCCGUUUGAAGGCAAACGUGGUGGCAAGUUGUGCGGGCUUGGUUGAAGUCAUUACAGGAAAGGUGCCACGAGGAUUGCCAUGGGAUUUCCCACACAAAGCAUUGGGACAAGUUGACAAGCAACCCGUAAGAUUCAUUCACAGGAGUGUACAAGACUUUCUGUUGGAGGACAACACCGCUCAUUCUCUACUUCAAUCGUCGGGGAUGUCUGAGGACGAUGUUAUAUUUAGUUGGACUGCCGCUUCAUCACUCAGAUUUAUUGCGGAACCCCGAUCUAGCCAUAUGGAGAUUUCGAGGCUUGCGCAGUUGAUCCAACCACAGCCUUUGCGGGACAAGGUAGCUCGACUGAUUCAUAGGAUCUCUCCAGUGGUCGCAGCGCGUGGGCGCUUGAGGGGGUUACCGACACACAGUGUUUAUCUGUUUGAUGUAUUCAAGACUUUUGUGAGCUCUAUUGACCUGUCACCCCUAGAAAAUGCCACGAUCAUACUACUUACAGGGGCUCGGCUGCUCACGAAUGUCACAAGUUAUAUCGACGAUCGCGAACCAAAGCAACGGCAAUGUGGUGCUCUUGUCGCCCUCCUGGAAGCUAUACAAAGCCCAGCGCUUGUCAAUCGCGACUUCAUCUCUGGGUUGGAGCGUCGUAUCGAGAAGAAUGCGGCAUUCACUAUAUGCUAUGAAUCAGCGACUUCCCCUCGCCUGCUAUUUUCAUGCAGUGGUAACAUCCAGCAGCAUAUAUUCAUUAGCACAGCACAUGUAUGGCAUAGUUACAGCCAGCGCCAGCCCGGAAUGGAAGAUAUUGACCCUGAAGAGCAGAGGAGGCUGAUUGACAGUGUUCACCUUUUGCUAGAUGUGUCAAAAGAGGGGGAUCGAUGUAUGGAUCUCUGGUUCGUUCAAGAAGCCGACAGUUUUGGAUAUGUACAGAUUAUGCCGGAACCCGAUGAAAUACCAGAUGCUUUACAGGCAAAGCUCAAACCCUACAGCAUCUUACACUUUAAGUUUAAAUGGGAUUUGCCGAAACCUCGUAAGGAGCCAGCUUGCGUUGCCGAAUGCCUCAGGUGGUCGCCCCCAGGAUUUGAUGUUUUCCUAGAUAUCUCUAGGCAUGAGGCUCAUGUCUUCGAAAAGUUCUACUGGCGGAAAGCUGAUGGUCAAGUUUGGCAAGCCUUAGUCAACCAGCAGGCAGGAAUACUUUCCAGGGCCAUUGGCAUACAUUCACCUCUCUCUGUGGCGCAGGGCGUAUUGGCAUUGAGCUUCCCCUUCUUGGACACGCCCAUGCAUUCUGCCUUCAUAUAUGACACCCAAGUUCGGACCGCUACUUCAGAUGAGAGGAGGUUAUGGGAGGACAAAUUGUACAAAAAUCGAGGCUACGAACAUCAUGACCCUAUAACCGCUGAGAUCAUCCGGCUAAUCUUGGAAAAACGUGGUGGGUAG